AUGACUAAAACUGCGCUGGUUCUCCUGGCCUGUGGAGCCGAAGAACUCGAAACCAUUGCCAUUGUCGACAUUUUGGCUCGUGCAAAGGUCAAGGUUGUUGUUGCUGGUGUUGGUGGCCCUAGUGUAGUCACGUGCAGUCGCGGCGCGAAGAUUCAACCUGACGUUGCGCUUGCUGAUGUUGUUGGCACUGCUUUUGAUUUAGUGUAUCUUCCCGGUGGUAUGGAAGGCAUGAGAGCCCUCUCUAAGAGCGCUGAUGUCGGUAAAGUGCUCAAAGACCAGCAUGAAAACAAGCGCUAUAUUGCGGCAAUUUGCGCUGCACCCUGCGCUCUCAAGGCCCAUGAAAUUAAUAAGGGCGCAAAGGUGACUAGUUACCCAUCGCUGAAGGGUGAUUUAGAAGCCUACUACACUUACUUGGAUGAGACGAUUGUUGAAGACGGGCAUCUUCUGACCAGCCGCGGACCGGGUACUGCCAUUGUUUUUGGUUUAAGACUGGCUGAGCUGUUAACAGAUCACGCCACCGCCAAAUCAGUUGCUACUGCCAUGCUUCUUCCCUUCUAA